UUUAUUGUUAUUGUUGUUAUUUUCAGAUUCACCCAAAAGAGAAUUAAAUCUGCGGAUGAGACUGGAUGUCUUAUAUAAAGAGAAAAAAGAAAAAGGAUAUCACCCCCAGGUGUUUGGUAUUCCCCUCUCUGAAGUCAUUGCAUUUGACCGAAUCUACAAGCAAAAGCAGGAUGCACUGAAAGAAAGACGUCGAAAUUGUCUGAACCUGGAAGCCAGUGUUAUGACAUUCAGAACACAGAAGCUGAAUAAUUUUUUUUCUUUGAGCAGCUCGCUCAAUGUAUCAGGCUAUGAUUCCCGUGGAUUCUCUUCUUUGUUGGAAAAUGAUGUAAAUGAUGUAAAGAUACAGAGGAGGGGAGGCGUAUCAGUAGACUGUCUUUCGGAAUUAGAUGACAGCCACACACGUUUACUGGAGGCUCUGCAACUCUGUCAUCCUUUUGAACUGGAAAGCAAGAAAGUCUCAGAAAAAAGCAAGCGUUUGAGCCUUAACCCCAUUUUCAGACAGGUUCCUCGAGUAGUUGACAAAUGCUGCCAUCACAUUGAGACUUGCGGUCUACAGACUGUUGGGAUUUUCAGAUUGGGAAGCUCAAAGAAGAGAGUUCGUCAGCUGAGAGAUGAUUUUGAUCAGGGCAAGGAUGUGAUUCUAGAUGAAGAGCAAAGCAUCCAUGAUGUGGCCGCUUUACUCAAAGAGUUUCUCAGGGACAUGCCAGACCCAUUACUGCCCAGUGAGUUGUACUCUGCCUUCCUCAGCACUUCAGAAAUACACAAAGCAGAGCAGAUCUCAUUCUUGCAACUCCUUAUAUUCCUUCUGCCUCCAUGUAACUGCGAUACUCUCUAUCGGAUACUUCAGUUUCUCAACAAAGUGGCAAGCCAUUCUGAAGACAUCUGUGGCCCAGACAAUCAGGAAAUUUGUGGAAACAAGAUGACAGCAGCUAAUCUGGCAACCGUGUUUGGCCCAAAUCUCCUCCAGAGGGAGAAAACAGCAGGAAAGGAUCUCACACCAUAUGCUACUGAAGUGGAGGACAGUGCAAAAAUCAUUUUGGUUGUCCAAAUACUCAUAGAAAACUAUGACUUGUUGUUUACGGUAUCUCCUGAAUUGCAACAAGAAGUACUGGAGAGCUUAAUACAAACAGAUCCCGACGUCAUUCAGUAUUUGAUACGCAGGAAGGACAAGAGCCACUUGUUGAAUUAAUUCAGACCAGGACUAAUAUGAUGAAGAGGAAGAAAAAAUGAAUUCAGGAUCAAAGGUUACCAAAUAUAAUUAUUUGUUUAAGAAAGAUGAUUGCGGAGAAAAGACACUUGGAGCUUAUUGGACAAUAAGGAUGAUUCUAUGUCUAUGUAUGUUGCACCCAAAGGGAGCGUCUCGACUCCUUUUUCAUAAGGCUUUAGGACCAUUUUUUCCAGGGAGUUUACGAGACUUUGCUUGCUUUUCUCAAAGUAAAUGGGAACAAAGGCCAAGCUCUCCUCGCAUGAAACAUGCUCUAUAGACAAUAGAUAUUGCAUUCUCCUUAAAUCACUGAAUCUUUUUUUUUUUUUAAUAAAUUAAUAAACAAUAUAAAUUCUUGUCCAUGCCCUACUGUUUUCUCACAAAUAAGAUUUUUGGCUAAAUUUUGCCAUGCACUACAUUUGAUCCUUUUUCCUGCCUUAAUAAGAAAACUUUAAAUAAAGUUUAGCUUUCAGGAAAAUCCAUCUCGUCACACAACGUGUGGACCUACUACUUCCAGUUGAGGGUUUCAAGGAGUUAGAACCUGUGCAAGCUGUAGUGGGUACAAAGCAAGAACCAACCAUGAACGAGAUGCCAUCUCAUCACAUGGCAUUUUUCUGGAAAAUGAGACUGUAAAUAACAUACUGUACAUUUGGGUCCAAAAUCGGGACAAAGUGAAUUGUAUCACUUUCUAUUGUAUGCUUUACUUGGAAGGGCUAUUUUACAGUAAUGCAGUGUGACAUAUUUCCUUUUAAAAUGAAAAUGUCACUAUAAAGUUCUUGUGUUUCAUUUUUUUCAUGUUUUAUUUUUUACCAUGUAUACUUUAUGGGGACUUGUCAGGUAAAGGUGUUUUUGUCAUCAGUUUGGGUAAAAUGUUAACUUAAUGUUGCACGCUAAUGUGUGAACAAACACUCCAACUCAUAUCAGAUAAACUUUAAUACUGUAUAUAAAUGUAAAGAGCAAAUUAUAAAAAGAGGUUUUAAAAGCCAUACUUUGACAUUAUGACAUAUGCGUGCAGCACUCUCCGGGGAUCAGAUCACGAACACUAGCGUGGAAAACUGAGGAUUUAAAAAGUCAACUCAUUUGAUCACAGCAGCUUGAAACUUUAACAGUAAUCUACCAUUAAAUAUAAGGGAUGCCCCAAUAGAAUUAAAAUAGAAAUGGCAGAAAUAGGCCAGAGCCGCUCACACCAUCACUGUGGGCCUCAUACUAAUGGCCACUACUAACCCCUUCUUUCCUACUCUUCUGUUUUGCAUCUGCUCCACAUGUGGCCUCCUUUAGCCAAUCAACUGAGUCUGAGACAGAUGACAUCUCUUUGGUGACACGUUACCACUGAUUCAGUGUCAGUGGGCACUGCUACUACUACUACUACCACCUGCAAUUUUAAAUACGUUUGGUCACAAACACAACACAACUGCAUUAGUAGAAAAAUAAAGUAUGAUCUUUACAACACUGUGUAAAUGUCAUUUACUGUAAAUGUCCAAACACCAUGGAACUCCACAAGCUUACAAAGUGCCUUAGAUGCUUUUAUGCAUAGCAAUAGAUAAACAGUAUUAUUGUUUUUACUAAUGUACACUAAAUAACAUAUAAAAGUACACUGUCCCAUAAGCAUUUAGCUGAAUAAAGCAGCAGCAAACCAUGAAUAUGCCUUCAAUCGAAUCAGAAAUCUGGUAAAGCUGCUUUCUAAAUGAACAAAUAUAGCUUCAAUCCGCUGAGUCAAAGCACUGCAAAGCACAGGAAGCUCAUUCAUUUUGCUACAAUAAGCCGCGCCAUUACACAAUUGGGACACACUCUUUGUGAAGAUGUAACUAUUGGCCUACAGUAGCACUUCUUAAUGCAUUAGGCCGUGGUGCAUGCAGACAAAGAGAAAGUUACGCCUCUGCUUUCAACAACUCACCACCUGCAUUCUGCUUCAGCCAGAGCCGGCUGAAGUGCCUCUGUCACUGUAGGGUUGACUGUCGAACAUAACGCUGCCUGAGAUCAGCAGCUCGCAGAAAAAGAGAAUGUACUGCUUUCUGCAAUAAGUGGAAACAAAAUGGAAUGCCCUUUCAUCACAUUCACAUUCUUAAUUUGAUAAUUAGCUGAGCUGGAAUUUAAACUGGGCACUGGUUCAUGUUAAUUAAGCAUCAUUCACCUUGACACAUUGCUUUAACACCUCAUAACAGACCCAAAACUGGCUGUUUGGCCAGGCCCAUUUUUUUAUACCUUGGAAAUGGCAGGGAAUAAUGGUUCAAUAUACUUUAUUUCAUUAUUAGAAUAGUCCUGGUUUUCUAUAUUAAUUUCCUACUGACCAAACAGUCACUUACUGUACCUUGAGUCCUGAAUGAGGAUUCCAUUUGAUAUUUUAGCAUUAUCCUGGACAAAGAUGGCCUAUGCCAAAGGACAGUGUUUUUCAACCAGUCUGCUGUGUCACAGAGGUGCAUCGUGAGAGCUACGCAGGUGUGCUGUGGAAAUAAUUGUGUAGCACACUUGGAUCUGUACGUGAGAGGGACAAGCUCCUCUGGUGGUCAAGACCUGUCUGAAGAGGACAGGACUACUAGAAGAAGUUGGCAUAUAAGCAGCUCUGCGAUCGCCAUGUUAGAGCACUUUGGACGCAUCUCCUGUCUGCUAGAGUCCAUCUGUCUGACUGUGUGGAGGCCAGCGAGUCUCACCAGGCCUGUGGAUAAUGGGCAUACGAGUUGCCUCUGAGGAAGAGAGGGGUGUGCAAAGGGAUGAAGCAGCUGGGAGAUGCCAGCAAACUGCCCACUAAGUGCCGUGCCUGCGAAUGCUGAUCUCAGAGCUCCUUUUUUUUUUUUACUGGCUGGAAAGUACCAUUCCUUCAGACAGCCGAGAACGUGUAUGAGAUAUAAAGUGUUAACCCUAACCCUGCUAAAAAAAAAAGUAAUCCAUGUGUCAUGCAAAAAAGUGUCCUUUUGAGUAUUUUGAUUCUGAUACUGAAAACUUCAGCUAGUCAAUAUUGGGUGCAAGAUAAAAGAAAAAUCUGAAUUGGAUCCCUGUCUACUUAAAAUUAACUCUCAUAUUACAAUAAAAAAACAAAUUACAAGAUAUGAAAUUAACUUAAAAUGCAAAUAUAUGUAGCCACGUUUUGAGCACGAGUAAGAAACAAACUGGCAGUUUACUGUAGCAAAUGAUAGUAUACCUCUUGCUACCCUGGGCUAUGGGAUUAUUAAUUCUUCACAUAUAGCAACUCACAUUGCAAAAUAACAGGACAUUAAGCAGAAAUCUAAACAGAUCUCAAGCACGUGUUUAUACAAGUUUAUGAGUACCAUUUUUUUUAUUUGCUUGCCCUUGCUAUCAUGUCAAUAUAUAUACUUACCUAGCCAGAGAUUUUAAAAGUUUUCCUAACAAAACCAUAAGUCAGUCAUCCUCAUAACUGAUGAGCCUGUAGUCCCAAGUCAUUUCUAGCAAGGCAUGGCUUCUUAAAGCUGAUACAAGUGCCUGACAGAUGGGAGAGCUUGAUGAACUAAGUGGUCUCCUCCCGCUUGUCAACCUUCUUAUGUUCUUAUACGCUGCAUCAGUUCUGCAGCAUGCUUGUUAGCAGUUGUGACAGAGCACAGUAGUUUAAUCAUCAUGGUCGGGCAGGCUUUUUUGAUGACUUACCAGUGGUCCUUUACUCUAGCUCAGGUCUCUUUUACACAGAGAUCUGACUGUGCAUGACCUUUGUCCUCCACAUCAGUUAAGACAUUGUUGAAGGUGUUGCUCAAUCUGGUCCUCGGUUCAUAAAAAUGCACCCGACAGAUUUGUGUUUGGCUAGUUGAAUGUCCUUCUGCACAGGCUGUUGCACUGGUGCAAAUUUGCAGCAUUUUAUGAAGGCACACAAGUUAUUACUACAGCUCUGUCAUUCAGAAAAUGUUGUCUUUGUUCUAUUAGUAUGUAUUCAUGUUCUUUUUUGUGUAUUUAAUCUGUUCAACUUUGAAGUGAUUUCCAUUGCUGAACUUCUUAACUUUAAAGAAACGACAUAGAAGCUUUAAUAUUUUACAACUGCAUACGUUUACACAUCACUGGGAUGUUUGGGCCUUUCUAAAAGACAUAACAUCAGUUUAACUGGAUCAAAAAUGGCUCUGUCCUGUCACCAACUGAAAUUUCUCAAAAUAAGAACAUUGGUAUACUUUUCCUUUAUGGUUUAUCUGAUAUGAGUUAAAAAAAAUCUAAAUUAUUUGAAAAGCUUUCAUAAGAAUGACUUAUUACCUUCGGUUUAUUUUGCGACAAGAAUAAAUAUAUUUGGAAUACUUCAUUUUUUUGCCGAGUUUUACACUAAACUUUCAAGUUUGUUUUAAGGUGUAUUUGUUUCAGUCUUAUGUGUAUAAUUUAUUGUGUUGCAAGAAACAAAAUCAUGCAUGUGUUAAUAAAACCUUCCAAAAUUGUAA